AUGGCUUCCGAAAUUGGUUUGAACUUCACGCAAGUUGAGUUUGCGCAACACCCUUACUAUCCCCUUGGCGUUGCAGUCGUCGGGUAUGCUGCGAAUCAGUGGUCGCUGCUUCUGCUGCUUGGCGCUUUCGCUGUAGCAUGGUCUACCGUUCUCGGUGCAGCGUACUUUGUUGUGGCCAAAAAGCAACCUACUAUGCCAGUGUCUGAAGUUCUCACUUUCAUGUGGUUUGUUUUGUCCGGCUCUAUUCAUUUGUUUUUUGAAGGCUUUUAUGUCUACAAUUUCCGGGACUUGGCCAGCUCCCAGCACCUGUUCGGCCAACUUUGGAAGGAGUACUCCCUCUCGGACUCGCGCUACUUGACAUCGGACCCUUUUGUUCUCUGCAUGGAGGCAGUUACGGCUAUUUGCUGGGGCCCGCUGUGCAUGGUGCUUGCCUACAUGAUGAUCACCAACUCCCCGCUUCGCCACCCACUUCAAAUCGUCAUCUCGUUGGGUCAGAUCUACGGCGACGUGCUUUACUUCGCAACGAACUUUUUCGAUGAAACAAUGUUGGGUGUGACUUACUGUCGCCCGGGCGCGUACUAUUAUUGGUUUUACUACUUCUUCUUCAACGCCAUCUGGAUUUUCAUUCCCUCGGUCCUGAUCUGGAGGAGUUUUGCGGCGUGUCAGGGCGCAUUUGAGGCGUUAACCAAGCAAGAGGCAUCGCCCAAGUCGAAGGGUGCCGUGAAGAAAGAAUAG